CUACGUCUACUCGCAUCGUCGUCGUCGUCGAUGCUCCGUCAUUGGUUAGCGCAGAGAGGGAGAGAGUGAGCAAGUCAUCGACCUUUCUACCAAACCUAUUCGGUCUUUACCAUCAUCAUCGUCUCUUCAUCCAUUAUCCUCACAGCAGCAGCAUCGCCAAUCGCUUCGUCCUGUCUCGCGAUCACUGCAAGACCGUCGAGACAAUCUGAAAAUAAAGGGCGCUUGAACCCCAUACCGCGACACCGCCCCGCGUUCAGUCGAGCCAGCCCCACCUCCUGUCCACUCUACAGCCGCCCGCGCUAGACGUCAAUACUAGCGUCAGCAGGCCGUCAGUCCAUCAUGAAGAAUCCCUACGCCCCCACACCAACAACCGACAGGCACGACUCAUCACCGUACCAUCGCUACCCCCUUGCUCCAGCUUCAGCUUCCGCCUCGCAGCCUCCCGCCUACCGUAGCGACAACGACGACGACGACGGCGGCUACGGUGGACCAGGGUACGUAGAGCAACUCUACGACGAGUCACAAGACUUUGACGACUCCCAAGUACGUGAUCAUCAGGGAGGUCUGCGCGUCGUAGGACCAGAGGACAGCCCUUCGUGCUACUCGGACAACUACGAGUAUCAAUCGACCAUCAGUGGCGGUGGGCUAGGUAGACAGGGCACGCAGCGUAGCCAAGCCAACGGCAACGGCAACGGGAAUCGAGGCUCCCAAUUCCUCCAGCGUAACGGUACCCUCCUCCCUGGCGACUCUGUUUCAGAAUACAACGUUCCUGCGCCCAGCAAACGGGCCCACGAGCCUAUGCCUGCUAUGCCUCAGUCGUACCAGUACCCACACCACCACCAGUACGACGAUAGCAGAGGCGCAGGUGAUCCUUCCUCUGACGGGCACGGUUAUGAUGGGCGUGAUUACUAUGCGUAUGAUGACCCGCGCGAGGGAGAGUACAAGACCAUCUACGGCGGCGGCGGCGGCGGCGGCGGCAAUGGAACCGCAGCGGCUCCUUACCCGGAGGCAGAGUACUACGACUAUCGCUCUGCUGCUCCAGCCACUCAACCACACCAUGGACACGGCCACACAAUGAGCAAGCAGACGGACACCGGCUUCGACAUGGUGUACGGCGAUCGCGACGGGUAUGCGGACGACGAUGAUGAUUACUACCAUGACAAGGCACGCGGUCACAGCCACGAGCAGCAACACGCCUACCCACCGCCGCCCGGCCUCUUCGCAAACGACCUAGCUCGAGCAGGCGGGGAUGCGCCUUCUUCGAACCCUAAGAGUCACUUCUCCUUUGCACCCGCAGACGGUAUGGCCUCCCACCCUGAUGGGGGGAAGAACUUCCUCGACCAUGGCGAUGAAGACGAUUCUGUGGGUGGCAAGGCGAGAAGGAUGUUCGGCGUCGGGGAUGGAGGCUUGAGUGAGCAGAUUGAGAGGAGGAGGCGAGGGUUGGGAAGACAGAGGUGGCCUGUCGUGACGUGGAUAUUCGCUGUGGCAUUCGUGGCCGUCUUUGUGGCUGAGAUUGUCAAGGCGAAGAAUGUUACGGGUCAGGCGGUGCAGACCAAGCCCUACCUCAACCCAAUGAUCGGCCCCUCGGCCCAAUUUCUCAUCACCAUGGGCGCCCGCUACGUCCCCUGCAUGCGGUCCACUCCCGCCGUACCCCUCACCACUCUUUUCCAAUGCCUCAACUCUUCCUCCAGCAGCUCAACCUGCACAACCCCUCUGUGGGAGAUCUGCGGACUCCCCAACGACCACACCUACGGCCAAUCGUAUCGCUUCGUGACGCCCAUCUUCCUCCACGCGGGCGUAGUGCACAUCCUCUUCAACCUCGUCGUCCAGCUAACCCUCUGUGCGCAAAUCGAGCGCAUACUAGGCUCACCGUACUACCUCCUCGUCUACCUCGCCGGCGGGCUAGGGGGCAACUUACUGGGGGGAAACUUCGGCCUCGUAGCCACUCCUAGCGUGGGUGCCUCGGGCGCAAUCUACGGCUGCAUCGCCGUGGAGCUGGUGGACCUGGCGUACAACUGGCGCUUCGAAUAUCGCGCCAAGACUCGCCUCACGAUGAGCAUCCUAUUCACCCUCAUCGGUCUAGCCCUCGGUCUACUCCCCGGACUGGACAACUUCGCCCACAUUGGAGGACUCGCCGUCGGUCUACUCGGCGGGAUGGUCUUUGCCCCUUCGAUCCAUCAGACGCGCACACACCGUAACGUCGUUUGGGGCCUGAGGGUGCUGGGAGUCGUGGCCCUCGCUGCCUUCUUUGCGGCUCUGGCGCUCAAUUUCUACAGGAGCGAUGACCCGACCAAGGCCUGUACGUGGUGCCGCUAUCUGUCCUGUUUGCCGAGCUUCAAACAGUGCCAGAAUGGGGGUUUGCAGGUCUCUAACAGCACUUCGUCGACGAGGAGGGCAUGGAUGGGAUGAGUGGGGGCGGACUUGGCCGUCAAGUGAAUUCAAUGGCAGAGAGCGGGCAGGCAGGCCCUGUCUCCUCGUGCCCAUCGUAUCAUGGACUCUACGUCGAGGGAAGGAGCGCCACUCGAGCAAAUUCUACAUAGCAUCAUCUACUCUCCUCUCCCUUUCUUCCCAGGAUCCUUUCUCCCCUCUGUACAUUUGAGCUCUCCUUCCCUUGCUCCUCAAACAAUGACUCAGCCUCGUAGCAUCAUUGACUUGGAAUGGAAUGUGACUGACAACUCAU